AUGUUCGGUCGUUUUCACGUACGCUGCGACCAGCCUGAGCAGGUGAUUCCAUGGCUGCAGCAUAUGCCCAGCUCGGCUGUUCCAGCGGCACAGAAUGUGCCUACCUCGCCGCCUGUGGAUCUGUACAGUGUGAGGGCACCUCAGGGUGAUCCAGCACUUGGUAUUACCGCCGAAACCAUGAAUUUCAAGCUUUCGGGGCAAAUUCCUGCUACCUGGCCAUAUCCCAAUUCACUCAAUAUUGUCUGGUUCGCUGUCUUUGCGGGACCUGUUCCCCCUCCCCUCUCUGCUGCAGGUUCAGCGGAUGUGCCUCGGGUUGGUGACAUUUGGAUCUGCACCCAGCUCGGCAACGAACAAGUCUGCUGGAAAGCGAAUAGCGGCCUUUGGCAAGUAUGGGACGAUGUUAUUCCGCUUGCACAUCACCCUCUCAUCCAGCAGGCUGUGCUAUUGGCUGGCAGCGGCACACACCUGAGUAAGCCUCACUGGAUGGACUCACGCUCAUGUGGUUCGAAAGGCAAGUCCACUUUCCUCAAAAAUGGGGUAAUCAAGGGGCAGGAUGUAGCCCGGCAUGUUGCAGCUACCUUGCGUCAGCAAGAUAUUAAAGCAGACACAUCUUCCAGUCAUGGAUCCUGCACUCAAGGGCAUGGACAUGGCCGUGGCACCCAACGGAGGCUCUCUCAGCUUGAGGAAGAUGAGCAGCUGCCGCAACCUUCCUCCUCGAUCCAGAUCAAUGACAUGUCUGUCCUCAAUAACCUACUGCCGAUGCCGCAAGGACCGGUGCCUGAUGAUGGUAUGCGCGAACAUGAGUCCCCCAAUGUUUCCUCAUCUACGCAGGAACGAGCAAUGUCUCCAGCCCAUGACAGGACAACAUCUCCUGGGACGACAUUGCCUGGUACUAAUGACCCCUUCGAGGGAGCUCUCACUCUGCUGGGUAGUGAACUCGCUCUCCCAACCUUUGGCAACCCCGGACAUGAGAAUUGUGCUCCUGAAGUCUCCCCAAAUACGUCUGAGCAUGCUGACGCGACCCUGGAUCAACAGGAGGGACAUGAUUCAACAGAUACCAUGACACUACCUUCCUUGAUUGAUGGUUUGGAGGGACCGCAGUUCCCCCCCGGUACUGAACAGGUCACUUGGGCAAAUGGGGUCCGAUCAUUCCUUCCUUGGGCCUUUGUGGAAGGUAAAUACACCCAGGAUAUUGAUGUCGCCCGUGCAAUGGCCGCUGCACCUGACGCUCUAAACCCGGCUGAUGGCAGCGAGCCAUUAGUCUAUGCCCUGGACAUUCAGUCCAUGUGUCAAGACAGCAUUCAUCCUUCUACGGAGGAUUCGAUCACGGUGGUGGGCCUCAUCAAGGAGAAGCUCUCCAAGGGUAUUCCGGUCCUCGUGCGCGGGUUCAAACUUCCUGGUACACAAUAUAAGUUUGAUUGUCGUUCAUUGGAGUUAUAUAAAGGUUCUCUUCGCAAUACAGUCGAGUACCAAGAUGCUAAGAAGCGAAUGGAGUAUGACUUGAAGCAUGCUUGGCUGGUCAAGGAGGGGAAGGCCACAGCGAAAUUCCUUGCCACACCACCCGUCAUCCAUAGUGAAAAUACUUUAGGGGAAUUCAUUGACAUGGCUACGAGGCCCGGUACCCAACGUCGUCCCAAAGUUUGCGGUAAUCUGCUAGACCCAUAUGCACCUAGCCAUGCGGGAACUCCUUGGUUCAUUGCCGCAUUAAAUGAGCAGUACCUCGCGAUGUAUCAAAAUCGCAUGACCGACUUUGCAUUCCCGCCGCCAGACUCUGAAGAGGCCCGCGAACUCCUCGAGCAGUUGGUCAUGUGGGACCUGCUCACGCACGCCGGAUUUGUCUUGCACACCCACCACGAUGCAGGUGGCGCGGCAACGUGGAUGGCGAUCAGAGAUGGAGUGAAGUUCUGGACUCUGUUGAAAAUCCGCACCGAAGGUUUGAAAUCCCGAGAGGAGGUGCGAGACCGAUUUGACACAGCUGCAAAAAUGAGUUUGCAUCAACUCGUCCAUGAUUGCAACAUGGUGGAACGGAUCGGCACCAUUUGUCUCGUACCAGGAGAUGUCCUCAUCCAACCCCCCAAUAUUAUGCAUUGCAUAUACACCCCCAUCAAGACACUGGCCACGGGUGGCCACUUUUAUUGCUACAACCUCUGUCAUUUGACCGAGUUAUCGUGUGACAUUGACAGGUUAUAUGGAGAUGUCACUACCAAUCCCGCCGCCCAACGAUUGAUCCACAACCUCGCACUGGCUCUGCCCAACCUUGCAGAUAAGACUCUCCCCAGAGUCCCCUUCUUGGCUCUCGCACUGAUGGUCCUUGACUCCAAGACGUAUGAAGCACCAACAAAGGGGUUAGGCUCUGCUCAAUACUAUCCCGAGGGCCAAUACCUUCGCGAGGUCAGAGGCGAAACCGCAUACGCUCAACAGGUGGUUACCGCUGUGCUGAAGGGGAAUUGCAUCACGUCUGAUGUCAACAAGAUACGAGAGAUGGUUCACAAACGUCUGGGCGGUGAGCUUCUGGAUCCUGGCAAGUCUCGCAUCAGUCUCUCUUGUCUGAAGAAGUUCGUGUUUGUGGAGAUCAAACGCCCAAAGAUGGUGUAG